AUGGAUUUCCGGCGCCGGCUCACCUUCCGCUCGCCGGAAACGAGACGUCAGGAGUCGCGCGCUCUCACUAACUCACUCAUCGAUUUUAGUCACCUCUUUGCAGACCUCGUCAUUCGAGGACGAGUAUUACGAACCGUCGAGCAGUUUAGACUGACUUUCGGGUGUCCGAUAAACGACUCACUAAAAAUAAACUUUCUAAUAGAUUUUACAAGUGGCGCCCCCGUCGUGACAUCGUAA